UGUUACGAAACUAUGCAAUUAUUCCUAAUAGAAACCUAGAAAACGAACCAAAAACCUGGUUCAAGUCAUCUUCCUCCGGUUCUCUCCAGAACAUCAGCAAAUACCUGAACCGGAGCUCCAAUUAGCAGCUACUACUACAAAAUCAGAAGUCAAUAACUCUGUGACUACAUACAUGUCAAUGGAAGUGGACGCCUCAACACCGUCUCAGCCUCCAAAAUUUGGGAUGCUAGCUGACCUUAACGCCGAUCCUCCGGAGACCGACGCUAACGAUUCUUCUGUUCACCUCACUAGGUUUACAAGUGAUGAAAUUGCUCAAGAUAAAACAUGUAAUACAGCAGUGGAAAUUGAAAGUAAAAGAUUCAACAAAUUAGGGAAAUGUCGUUCCAGAAAUAGUAAUAAUAGUAGUAAAUUAUUAGAUGCUGGUUCUCUUGAUUAUGGACCUGAUGCUGAUGCCGAUCAGUUCGGUCAGUCGUCUAUCUCGUCUCGUGAAGAAAAAGUCAGCACUCUUAAAACUGGUUUGGUGCAUGUUGCGAGGAAGAUGCCGAAAAAUGCUCAUGCUCAUUUUAUUCUCGGUCUUAUGUAUCAACGUCUGGGCCAACCUCAGAAGGCAGUGUUUGCCUAUGAGAAGGCAGAAGAGAUUUUGAUGCGCUCUGAGGCUGAGGUUGCUAGGCCGGAGUUGCUUUCACUCGUUCAAAUUCACCAUGCUCAGUGCAUUCUUCUUGAAAGUUCAGCUGAUGGCAGUUUGGAGAAAGAACUUGGAGCUAAAGAGCUUGAAGAAAUCCUCUCUCGAUUAAAAGAGUCUAUGCAAUCAGACAGAAGACAAGCAGCUGUCUGGAACACACUGGGCUUGAUACUUAUGAAAUCUGGGCGUGUGCAGAGUGCCAUUUCAGUUUGGUUAUCAUUAUUGGCCAUUGAUGCUAACAACUAUGAUUGCCAUGGAAACCUGGGGAUCGCAUACUUUCAGAGUGGAAAUUUGGAGCUAUCAGCAAAAUGUUUUCAAGAGUUGGUCCUUAAAGAUCAGAACCAUCCCGCUGCCUUUGUCAACUAUGCUGCCCUUAUUCUUUGCAAAUAUGGUUCAGUUGUUGCAGGUGCUGGGGCAAAUGCGGGUGAAGGUGCUAUUGCUGAUCAUGCUGAAGCUCUCAAUGUGGCAAAAGAGUGUCUACUUGCAGCAUUGAAAGUGGACCCUAAAGCAGCACAUAUAUGGGCCAAUCUUGCAAAUGCAUAUUACUUGACCGGUGACUACAGAAGUUCCAGCAAGUGCUUGGAGAAGUCAGCGAAAUUAGAGCCCAACUGUAUGUCUACUAGAUAUGCUGUUGCAUUCCAUCGAAUAAAGGAUGCAGAAAGGUCUCAAGAUCCUAGUGAACAACUUUUUUGGGCUGGAAAUGAGAUGGCUUCCAUAUUGAGAGAAGGAGAACCUGUUCCAAUUGAAAUUCCCAUUGCAUGGGCAGGACUUUCCAUGGUACACAAAGCUCACCAUGAGAUUGCAGCAGCAUUUGAAACUGAACGAAAUGAGCUAGUGGAUGUAGAAGAGCGUGCUCUGUAUAGUUUAAAGCAGGCAAUAGCUGAGGACCCCAAUGAUGGCAUGCAGUGGCACCAGCUAGGCCUGCAUUGUCUCUGUUCCCGACAAUUUGAAACAGCACAAAAGUAUCUUAAGGUCGCAGUCACUCGGUUUGGAGAGUGCAGCUCUGCAUGGUCGAAUCUUGGUAUCUCAGUUCAAUUAUCAGAGGAACCAUCACAGGCUGAAGAUGUUUAUAAACAGGCUUUGGCUUGGGCAACACCUGAACAGGCACAUACUAUGUUUUCCAAUCUCGGGAAUCUCUAUCGGCAGCAAAAGCAAUAUGAACGUGCCAAGGCAAUGUUUACGAAGUCUCUGGAGCUCCAACCAGGCUAUGCUCCUGCAUAUAACAAUCUUGGUCUCGUGUUUGUAGCUGAAAGUCGAUGGGAGGAGGCCAGGUUCUGUUUUGACGAAGCUCUUAAGGCAGACCCAUUGUUGGAUGCAGCCAAAUCCAACAUGAUCAAGGCAAUGGCCAUGUUGAGAUUAAACACUGCUUAAGCCUGGUGUCUUUUUGAAGUUUACUAUCUGCUAAAAGCUGAAUUUGAGGGGUCUUCUUGUAAAUCUACAUGAUAAAACCCCAAUGAGGCAAGGAGGAGCAUGCAAAAACCCCAAUGCCUGGCUUCACCUGCCAAGGUUUUAGAAGACUCGCUUCUAUUUUCUAGCAAAGGACCUAACUGGAAGCUUCAUCAUAUUGAAACCUUGCGAAAAGGUUGAGUCUAACGACUUUGUUGGAGAAAAUGGCAAUUGCUAGUUCUGCAUUUUCUAUGUUUACUUUUGAUUCUGCUAUGACUGCAACCGAUGGCAGAUAUUGCAGAAGCAUUGGUUGCUUCAAACUACUUGUUUCUCCGUGAGCCUCUGCAAGUUAGUCACGAUGAAUGGAGCUUCAAGAUUUCGAGUGAUACUAGGGCCUUGCUUUUGUUAAUUAUGAUCUUUUUCCUUAUUCUUUAUGUUUACUCAUUUGGCAGUUCUUGUGGUUCUUCAAACAAGAAAAAUGAGUAUCUAUUCUGAAUUAAGUGUAUGGAUUUAUCCGCUGCUAUCAAUGAGGAGAAUCCCUCUAGUUUCAAGAGUCCUGUCAGGGAAUUUGCAAGGCAGCACCAAGAGUGCCGUUAUGGUCAAGGCAGCCUAAACAAUUGAGCCAAUUUGAAGGGAAGUACCGAAGAACAGCGUCUUAUAAUGGAUAAGAAAAACAAGAGAGAAGUAGUGAGUACUUUGUUAAGUGAUAUGUGUCUUAAGUUUUAGAAAAUGUAUUUACAAAUUACAAUUGAAUCUUGAAAGAAACAAGAAUAUGAAAGAAGAUUUGGGUUGAGAACAA